GCGGUCGGUCGUGCGAAUAGGGCUGUGUAUGAUGUGUUGUUUCAAUUGACGCUCAAGCGAGUGGUUCGUGAGAGUCAAAUUGUUGAGUGCGUAACGAAAAUGAAGACGGAGCAUCGCACGUGCUGCGCGUGCGGAGAGGCCAUCGCAGACCGGUUCCUUCUGGAGGUGGGCGGAGGCGCAUGGCACGCUUCCUGCCUGCGCUGUUGCGUCUGCGCCUUGCAGCUGGACCGCCACCCGUCAUGCUUCCUGCGCGACCGUCAAGUCUACUGCAAGCAGGACUAUGCCAAGAGCUUCGGUGCCAAAUGCUCGAAGUGCUGCCGUGGCAUUUCGUCAUCGGACUGGGUGAGGAAGGCCCGAGAGCAGGUGUACCAUCUCGCCUGCUUUGCCUGCGACGCCUGCGGCCGCCAGCUCUCCACCGGUGAACAGUUCGCACUUCACGAAGACCGGGUACUUUGCAAGCCUCACUACCUCGAGACGCUGGAUGGGGGAUCUAUAUCUUCCGAUGACGGUUGCGAUUCAGAGGGCUACCACAAAAGCAAAGCGAAGCGGGUGCGCACUACAUUUACGGAGGAGCAACUUCAGGUUCUGCAAGCCAACUUCCAGUUGGACUCGAACCCCGACGGGCAGGACCUCGAGAGAAUAGCCCAGGUCACAGGCUUGAGCAAGAGAGUCACGCAAGUCUGGUUCCAGAACAGCCGCGCACGCCAAAAGAAGCACCAGCAUACAGGGAAAGGCAAACAGGGCCAAGUGAUGUCCAGAGAUUCUGAGCCAGUGGGGUUUGGGCGCCCCAUCAACCUCCACCUCACCUAUUCGUUUCAGAACAAGCCGCCGUUCGUGCCAAUAGAUGGGACUUCUUUCACGGAUUCCUCAAUGGAUGAGCUCUCUGAAGACUCCUCUAUUCACUGCAUGCAGAGUGAGGCGUAGAUAUCUCCGUGCAAGCUGCAGCUGCUGACACAUUUAACAUUCUUUUUGUCUUCGAUGUAUUUUAACCUUUGGGCGUUGGAAUUCGGAUUGGAAUUUGAGGUUGAUUAUUUUUAUAUAGUUAUUAAUUCUC